UAUAGAGAAUCAGUUUAAUGCGUGUCAAAAUCACACCGGUCUCAAGUGGAACAAACUGAAAAUGAGGAACGUAUUUUAUUUACUGCUGAUGCUUGCAGUGGGGCGAUGCACAAACAAUCCAAAUGUUGAGACAAAGACUGUUCGUGUUGGAAAUAAUGUGAAACUGGUAUGUCCCCGCAAGUCUUCGGGAAGCUUGUUUUGGAUCAGUCUUGUUUCUGGAGACUUUCCUAAAGUCUUGGGAAAGACAUUUAGCCUUAAUAGUAAUGAACGCAUCAUAGCCAGAGAAGAGUACCAAAUAUUUGUUCUAAAUAUCAAUAUAGUAAGGCCAAGUGAUGCUGCGGUCUACUACUGUAUGCAAAUAAGCCAAAGGAACCUCACAUUCCUGAAGAAAAUCGACCUGAGAAUUAAAGAACCUGAAAGCACUACAGUCCCUCCAACGGAUCCAGUCCGUCCUGCAGACUCUGUGACUCUCCAGUGCUCAAUACUCUCAGACUCAGAGAACAAAACACGACCAGAAGAACAAAAUCUGUGCUGUUUUAAGGCAGGAUCCCAUCAAAAUGGCAAAAGUUUUUAUAAUAUUCGAGGAAACGGUGUGGAAGUGCAUGAAAAGAAGCCAGGUGGACCCUCAAAUAAGAAAUGUGUCUACACUUUAUACAACACAUGUUACUGCGAUGUGUCCACAUGUGAGGAGAUCAUUUCUGGAAAUAGAUCAAAACUCAACCCUACAGCGGUCAACAUGUUGAAUCUGCAGAAGGACAGAACCAUCAUCUCUCUGUUAGGUGCAGCUUUGGCUAUUAGUUUGAUUGUUAUAGCCUUUCACAUUUAUGCAAUCAAAAAACUUCAGGGAAAAUCUUGUGGUGUUUGCAACACUGCUGUAACUCUGCAUACGGAUGAGACAACAGCCGGUACAAAUCAGCAAAGUCAGCAGAGAGAAGAGGACUCAUUGAUUUAUACUGCACCAACCUUCAUUCGUAGGAAAUCAAGCAAAGGGACUAGGGAUGCAAAUGCAGAGGAGGUAGAGAGUACAUGUGUCUACACUAAUGUCAGGGCUCUUGAGUUGGCCUAAUGGUGUAAAAGCUGAAUUGUCUAUAUAAUGCAGAUAUAUUUUUUGUUUGCAUUCUGUUUGGGGAAUGUAUUGGCCCUUGAUUUCACCUCUUAAAUUUGUAAAUACAUUUUCAUUUUUGGAUUAUAUGUUUUGCAAUGACAAGGGAUCUUCAUGACAAAAUAUGAUAUCUACUGUAAGCUUGUGUAAAUAGACAUUUAAUGCAGGGAUGAAUAUUUGUUUCAUUGUGAGUUAUCAAAAUGUUAAACUACAACUCACAUCAUAAAGUUUCAAUUCUGUCAAUUUACAUUUUCUACAUCUAUGUACUGUUUUUGUCAAUGCUAUGUAAAGAUAAUCUG